AUGCCGUGGAAAUAUCUGCAAUUCCGCCCCGUGCACCUGGAGCCUAUUCCAACAUCAGAUAGGCGUUGCUUCAUGAAAGCCUCUGCUAGCGGUCAUUCAUAUCCUAUUUAUAAGAGUCCUGUCACGAAGAGACUUUAUUUUGAUUUUGGUAUCGGUAUACUUGGCAUUAAAUUAUGUUGA